UUAGAAGAGAAAUUAUAAAUUGGAAAGUGGUGAGAGAGAGAGAGACAGAGAGUUCAUACAUAUAUAAAAAACAGAGCAUAGGACUCAUGGUUAGAUAUAGAAAGAGAAACAAGAGAGGGUGAAGAGAGAGAGAGAGAGCACUGUGCCUUUAUAUUGUGAGAGAUAUUAGGGGGUUGAGAUCUCUUCCUUUUUAGGUAUACUUGCCCGUGUUAUAAGCCUCUCUGCUUCGAGAGAAUCAAGAAAUUUUUGGGGCAAACAGAUCACCAAUCCACAAGACCUGCAAUGGAGACCACAAGGAGCUUUUCACAGGACAUAAAUGAUGAAUAUCAGAAAUUCAUUAGAAGAAUGAACCCACCCAGAGUUGUGAUUGAUAAUGAGACCUGCAAAAAUGCCACUGUUAUACAGGUGGACAGUGCCAACAAACAUGGAAUACUUUUGGAAGUUGUACAAGUCCUCACUGAUCUCAACCUUAUCAUUACCAAAGCUUAUAUUUCCUCUGAUGGAGGCUGGUUCAUGGAUGUCUUCAAUGUCACUGAUCAAAAUGGGAGCAAGAUUACAGAUGAAGAGGUUCUUGAUUAUAUCCGAAAGUCUCUAGGGCCAGAUUCGUGCUUUACCUCUUCUGUGAGAAGAUCGGUUGGGGUUAAACCAUCAAUGGACCAUACUUCCAUUGAAUUGGUUGGCUGUGAUAGGCCAGGACUACUCUCUGAAGUGAGUGCUGUCCUCACCCACCUCAAAUGCAAUGUGGUUAAUGGCGAGGUGUGGACCCACAACACGCGUGCUGCAGCUGUGAUGCAAGUGACCGAUGAAGAAACUGGCGGCGCAAUUACUAAUCCGGAGAGGCUCUCUGUAAUCAAGAAACUUCUCUGCAAUGUGCUUAAGGGUAGCAACAAAUCAAGAGAAGCAGCUAACACUGUUGUGUCUCAUGGAAUCACCCACACUGAGAGAAGGCUUCACCAGAUGAUGUUUGCUGACCGAGACUACGAAAGGCCUUGUGAUAAAGCCUCGGGUGAGAAGCAAAAACCAGAUGUUAGUGUUGUUAACUGGUAUGACAGAGACUACUCUGUAGUUACUAUUAGGUCUAAGGAUAGACCAAAACUUCUUUUCGACACAAUAUGCACUUUGACAGACAUGGAUUAUGUGGUUUUCCAUGGAAAUGUUGAUGCUGAGGGGCCAGAAGCUCAUCAGGAAUACUGCAUCAGGCAUAUAGAUGGUGAGCCUGUGAAAUCGGAUGCAGAGAGACAAAGACUGAUUCAAUGUCUUGGAGCAGCUAUUGAAAGAAGAGUAUCAGAGGGGUUGAAGCUAGAACUAUGCACAACUGACAGGGUUGGGCUUCUCUCUGAUGUCACUCGCAUCUUCCGUGAGAACAGUCUCACUGUCACAAGAGCCGAAGUUACAACUAGAUCAGGGAAAGCUGUCAACUCGUUCUACGUCCGCGAUGCCUCAGGGUACCCUGUCGAUGCCAAGAUAAUCGAUUCAAUUCGACAAGCGAUUGGGCAGACCAUACUCCAAGUGAAGGGCAGCCCUGAAGAGAUGAACCAAGUUCCUCAAGAGUCUCCCACUAGGUUCCUCUUUGGUGGCCUCUUCAAGUCCAGAUCUUUUUGCAAUUUUGGCUUGGUUAAGUCCUACUCUUAGCUCUUAGCUCGCACCUUAUGUACAUUGAAACCCCUCACACUUGUCCUCUUUUAGGAUAUGUGUGAAACCAAAAGAUUAGAGUAUCAAAAGCAUGUCUCAAGAGGUAGAGAAAGGGAUAGAAAGAGUAAAGUGCCGGUACAUAUGCCCUCAUUUUCACUUGUUUUAGAUCUUUACUUGUUAGUGUGUGAGUCCAAUGCCGUGUUGGAGCCACAAUAGGAGAGAGAUGGAAAAUAGUUGUAUAUACUUGCUUUCUAGCUCUUAAUUUUAUGGCCUUAUUAUUAGUCAAA